GCAGACUGCGAGGCGGCGACGGCCUGGGCGAACGGUCCGCGUGCGCAGGCGCGGAGCUGUCCCUCGCUGCAGCCCCCCCAUCGCCACCCGGAGUCUCGCCCGCCGAGACCACCCGCUGGACUGUCGGGGCGCCCCUUAUUCCUCGCUUUAGGCCCCCCAGUGCCCCACGCGCCCCCAUGGCGGAGCUGCGGCCUAGCGGCGCCCCCGGCCCCGCCGCGCCCCCGGCCCCCGGCCCCGCCGCCCCGCCAGCCUUCGCCUCGCUCUUUCCCCCCGGACUGCACGCCAUCUACGGGGAGUGCCGCCGUCUUUACCCCGACCAGCCCAACCCGCUCCAGGUGACCGCUAUCGUCAAGUACUGGUUGGGCGGCCCAGACCCUUUGGACUAUGUUAGCAUGUACAGGAAUGUGGGGAGCCCUUCAGCCAACAUCCCUGAGCACUGGCACUACAUCAGCUUUGGCCUAAGUGAUCUCUAUGGGGACAACAGAGUCCAUGAGUUUACAGGAACAGAUGGGCCUAGUGGUUUUGGCUUUGAGUUGACUUUUCGUCUGAAAAGAGAAACUGGGGAGUCUGCCCCACCCACAUGGCCAGCAGAGCUAAUGCAAGGCCUGGCCCGAUACGUGUUCCAGUCAGAGAACACCUUCUGCAGUGGAGACCACGUGUCCUGGCACAGCCCUCUGGAUAACAGCGAGUCCAGAAUCCAGCACAUGUUGUUGACAGAGGACCCACAGCUGCAGCCUGUGCAGACCCCCUUCGGGGUAGUCACCUUCCUCCAGAUUGUUGGCGUCUGUACAGAGGAGCUGCACUCAGCCCAGCAGUGGAACGGGCAGGGCAUUCUGGAGCUGCUUCGGACCGUGCCCAUCGCUGGUGGCCCCUGGCUCAUAACUGACAUGCGGAGAGGAGAGACCAUAUUUGAGAUCGACCCACAUCUGCAACAGGAAAGAGUUGACAAAGGCAUCGAGACUGAUGGCUCCAACCUAAGUGGUGUCAGUGCUAAGUGUGCCUGGGAUGACCUAAGCCGGCCUCCUGAGGACGAUGAGGACAGCCGGAGCAUCUGUAUUGGCACACAGCCCCGGCGGCUCUCUGGCAAAGACACAGAGCAGAUCCGGGAGACCCUGAGGAGAGGACUGGAGAUCAACAGCAAACCUGUGCUUCCACCCAUCAACCCUCAGCGGCAGAAUGGCCUCACCCAUGACCGGACACCGAGCCGCAAAGACAGCCUAGAAAGUGAGAGCUCCACAGCCAUAAUUCCCCAUGAGCUGAUCCGUACACGGCAACUCGAGAGCGUACAUUUGAAAUUCAACCAGGAGUCCGGAGCCCUCAUUCCUCUCUGCCUGAGGGGCAGGCUCCUGCAUGGACGGCACUUUACCUAUAAAAGUAUCACAGGUGAUAUGGCCAUCACGUUUGUCUCCACGGGAGUGGAAGGUGCUUUUGCCACGGAGGAGCAUCCUUACGCAGCUCACGGACCCUGGUUGCAAAUUCUGUUGACUGAAGAGUUUGUAGAGAAAAUGUUGGAAGACUUAGAAGAUUUGACUUCUCCAGAGGAAUUCAAACUUCCCAAGGAGUACAGCUGGCCGGAAAAGAAGCUCAAAGUCUCCAUCCUGCCCGAUGUGGUGUUCGACAGUCCGCUGCACUAGCCUGGGCUGUGCCCUGCAGGGCCAAGGGGGGCUCAGGUGUGCCCGGUGACUUCCAGCGUAACAGCUGCAGAGAAAGACUCCCACAAUAAAAGGACAAGUGUGAGGGUGACUGCACAGCUGCCACACCAGCAGCCCAGCGGUUCUCCUGCACGGGCCACUCGCCCCACCUUCCUGCCAGCUCCGAGGCCUCACCAAGCCAGUGCAUGGGCAUGUGCAGGCCCUUCCCGCUGCUGCCGCAGGUUCUGGCUUGAGGUUUGACUCUAGGCGAGUCUUGUCCCCGUGGUGGGGACAGGCCUGGUGCUCACCGGCCCCUGCCAUGCAGCCUGGCUGCAGCGUGCUCACAGGGUGCGUUGCCCAUCUAGACUCAGGCAAGCCUUUGCUAGUCAGGCUGCUUCUGCCACAGGGCAAGUCCUCCAAUCAUGUUUGGGUUUUUUUUAUUUUAUUUUGAAGAAACCGGAUGGCGUUUUAUUGCUCAGCAAAGAUGUCCAGAAGCCAUGUAUAUAAUAUUUUUUAAACUGAACCUUAUUCCCAGAUGAACUUUCUCAUUCUCAGAUAGGGACUUGGGCCUGUCUCCCUACCCAGCACCUCCAGAGCAGAAUGCCUGGCACAGCUGCUUCCCAGAGCCAGUGCCCAGGAGGUUGGUGUGCGCGUUCUGUGCAGCCCUGCGCCCAAUUCACCUGGGGCCACAAAAGAGCCCCUGCAAGGUCCAGGGUCCUUCCGGGGCUUGGGGGCCAUAGCCUCAUCUUCCAGGCCUUUUCCAGCCAGGCAGACCUUCCAGAAGCACCCUAAACCACCCCCACUUGCUACUCAAGGCCUGGACCCACAUCACUUUGACCACCCUUCUUUCUUUCCCUCAUUCCCUGGGCUUCCCAAGAUGCGGGACUCUGGCUAAUUAAAACCUAAAGAAUCACCUUCUCCUUAUCUCUUUCACUUUGAUUUUGCUGACACUGCUCUCCGCCUCCGUCCUUCCAUCCUUUUCUCAUCUUUCAUUCUAUUCCUUGUCCUGUUCCUAUCCUGCAUCCUGGCCUCCUGUCAGUGGUCCCUCCCCUAGUACUUCCGGCUCACAGUCUGCCUUCCAGAAGCCAGCCCAUGGUUCAGGGUUCCUCCUGAGGUACCUCCUGCUGCUGAUCUGAGAUCAGCAAGCUCCUACCUUCCCAAUCAGCCCCUACUCCAGGGACUGCUACUACUACAAGCAAGGUCACUUUGUCAGAGGCAAGCAGGGCUCCCCCAGCCCUGGCCUGCCUCCACCACACUGAGGCACCACUGGGGUGCCCAUAAGGUACAGGUUCUCUCCAAAGAGAGAUACAGCCAAAGGCCCACAAGGGAGCAGUGUCAAACCUCCAAGGCCCACUGGGCUUGGCCCUGUCUACACACCCCAGGGCUGUCUGUGAACUCUGUCACACUCAGUGUUUCAGGGCAGAUCAACCGGUGACAUAUGAGGGGUACUACUCCCAAGUCCUGCCAGCCAAGCUCCAGUCCUCUCUGGACCUGAUAUCAAGGACUUUUCCAGAAGGUUGCUUAUUAGCCUUUGCUCACAUGGCAACCCUGCCUUUGUUCUGACAUUCAUUCCGUGGACAGAGAGAUGCAUCAGCUUGCCUCCAUUCCUUGCUAUUCUAACCAGCUUCUCCAUGAAUUCUUCCUUCUCGCAGCCCUGCCUGAGGGUCCCUGUUGCAGGUUGCCUGCCUGCAUCUGCCUGGCUUGGGAGAGGGUAAACUUUGUCAUCAGUCUGUAAGGCAUCCACGAAAUAAUUUGCUCCAGGCCUGGAGGGUUGGCACCACUAGUGUGGUGGCCCUGGGCUAGGGAGCAGGGGAUUGCAGGAAGAAGCAGAGAGGCUCUGAGAGGAAGAACCCAGGAAGUCUGGGACCCUUCUUGCCCACCACCUUGCUGGAAACCUCGUGCACAUCCAUGAUCCUGCAGGGGCCAAGCCCUGUCCUUCCCCUCCAGCACACUGGCUUGAGGAGAACAGCAGAUCCUUGGCUCCCUUCCCUAGGACUCCAGUGAGGUUUCCCAGCGAAGGUGCUCCACCGAGCUGCAGGUUUGUGAGAAGGGCCCUAAGGACCCCAAGCUGUACCCAGCAUGGCUCCUGACAGCUCUGUGGGGCCCCUGACCUCAUGUGGGUGAGGUUGGGAUCCUCCCUGUCUGCCUCUUCUCCAGUCUUUCUGCACACUUGCCCAGUCAUUCCCAUCCCACCAAGCCCUGAUAGCAGCUGAAGCUUCUGAGCAGGGGCUUUGCCCCGCAGGCUGUGAUCUGUGAUCCAAAGCAGAUUUCUGGGUGCCCAGGGCCACUGUGGGCUAUGAGGAUGCUGCUUGGAAGGGCUGGAGGCUCCCACAAGGCUGGGUCUGCUGGUUCUGUGCCCAUAUUCCCCUCCCAAUACAAGGGGCAGGGGCAGGAGCUAGAGCAUUCUGCAAAGCAGACCUGAGGGCUUGGCACAGGGUUUUGCAACUGAGAAUGGAGAAAACCUGAAGGUCAGGGCCCCUAUGGGGCAGAGAAUUCCCAGGACUAUUUUUAAUCUGGUCUUCCCUUUCUGCCUUCCGGGACCUCCAUGCCAGGUCAGGGGCCGGGUCCCUGUUACAAGUCAGGAGCCCUGUAGGAAGACCUCUUCCUUUUGUAUCAGUAGCUGAAUGCUGCAGUGAGCAGACUUUUGUAAAAUUUUCUAUUAGUUUUUAAUGUCAGUGGCGACUCAGUUCCUGGGGCUUCAGCCAGCCUGGGACUUUUGUAAGAAUUUUUGAGUGACUCACUUAGAUGUCAUUCCGCUGCCCCUCUCCUGUGGUGUAAUCUAAGUACAUUAAAUGUAUUUGCAGAAGUACCUGGGUCGUGUGCUCCUUUCUGGCUGCCUGCACUAGGGGAGCAGCUGCUUAGAAAGCAGGACUGGGUGGCCCAAGAGUGUUGUUGGGAAUGCAGGGGCUGCCAGGGCACAGGGUCACAUAGCUGGUGACUCAUAGCUGGUUGAGCAGAAAUGACUGCCGGGACCUCCAUUCCUCUAAGGUCUGGGGGAGGGCCAGGCCCUUGGGGGAAGAGUGAGUGGGCGUGUACAGACCCUCUACCCAGACCCCAAGGUGAGGGAAGCAGCCUUUCUCACCUCUAGUUUGGGAGUCCCCUUUCAGCCAGCUGUUCCUCCCUCUUAGGACCAGGA